GAGACUGCACUCGACACAAGGAAUUGAUGAUGAUGGCGAUGGUGUGGCUCUGGAAUGCGCCCGGGCGUAUAAAUACGGCCACCACGCGCUGUUCACCUUGCACUCCGGAACCGCUGGCUGGACGUCAACAGACCGUCAAACCGCAGGACUGGACGUCAGGAAACCGUCACAGACUUUGUAAGGUUCUCCGCCCUCGAAUGCUUCGUAUGUUCACGAAACUUGCUAACGACUUCAAGACUCAGUUGGACUGUGCUGCGAGUUAUCUGCGCUGAACUGUCCUGCCUCUACCUUGAGAACACUUCCUAACCUGACGAGGACAACCCGACCACUGAAGAAGGUGACGUUGCUGCGACGCUCGGUUUCUGGGCUUUCUCGGCAAGAUGGCGACCUCUCGCGUGAGCCUUAUCUCGCGGUCUCAUCCCGUGUCGUCACUGACGUCAUCGGGAGACACGGAGGACGAGCACCUGACCCCUGACAUGGACGAGAUGGAGGAUAACGUCUUCAGUCCAGACGUCGACAGGGAUGCUGAAGAAGAAGUGGAUUAUGACGACGACGACAUGGGCGACGAAGAGGGCGCACGAGAAGGGGGUGGGAGGGGACUGGCGUGCGAGUUGUUUACCCUUGCCAGCGUUCCCUACAGACUCAUGCCGCCAUGUCCUCGCAACGUUGUUCUGCGCUCCGCCCCUGCCGCACUCAAUCAAACCCCCAUGUCUUCACCUUCUGCCCUGACCUUGCCCAUUUCCCCGGACAUGCGCAGUCUGCCGCUGGAUCUGCGACGAAAGCAGCAACAACAUGGCGCUCACUUUUCCAUGGUUCGAAGUGAAAGCGACCUGGGUAGCUCUGGCUCGGGGCUGCUGGACGAGAGGUCCGGUGUGUCACGUCACCGACAGCCGCGCCGCGUGUUCACCAACAGCCGCGAGCGCUGGCGUCAGCAGAAGGUCAACAGCGCCUUCUGCCAGCUGCGGCGACUGGUUCCAACCCAUCCUCCGGACAAGAAGCUGAGCAAGAAUGAAAUCCUGCGCCUGGCCAUCCGCUACAUCAACCUUCUCAACACCGUCCUGGACUACCAGUGCCACCAAGCAAAGCCCACACCACAGGCCGAAAUCCAUGACAACGGCGAGGAGCACGCGCACGAGCAGGAGGAUGCGACGACGACUUUGGGUCUCGAUGUCACACAGGCGCAACGUUCGCGAUGCCUCCGCCUGUCGGACGGCCGUGGGAAGGAUGACGACAUCAGCGCUCUCGACAACCUGGAGACCACCCAGCUGUGCAGCCCUCACGUGCGGCGCGUUGUCCACCCGGAUCGCGUCUGCCUGCACGAGCGGCCGCGCUUUCUGCACGCGCCGGAGACCCGCAUCAGUCCGCACGAUGGGGUGGGGCAGGAGAACCGGCCUCCCAUCCGCUGCUCGCACCUCACCAUCUUCCACAACAGCUCCAUGGGCUGCAUGCUGGUGCGUGAGCACAGCUCACUGUCAGCGUGUCGCGCCGAUCACGACAUGGUCCGACUGACCUCGCCCUCGUCCUCCAGGGGCAGUUUCUCCCCCGACACUGCCAGUCUCGACGAUCUGCCCCCCUCACCCAACUAGACUGUUGACGGAGGUCACAAGUGUCAUUCUUGUAGAGACCGGGAUUCUUUAAGAAUCGUGAUGUCUGCACUGCAGUUGGCCUCGAAACAAGGGGACUUAAUUUAUGUCGCUAUGCCGAAAACUCUUAUAAAACAAUGACUUGUACCAUCAACAAUUUUAUCUUUACUUAUGCAAAUACACAUUUUAAAUUAAAACAUUUAAAGAAUUGUCAUUUGAUUGUCAGCUGCUUAUGCAGCUCAACACAGUGUAUAUACGAGAAGAAUCGUAGACAGCAAAACAUUUGUGAUCUUCCCCUUGGUGACAGUUCAAAUCCAGAAGGUACAUACUGAUGAGGACUGGACACCUUCUUGCCACAAUUUUCUAUAAGACUGUUAGAUUAAAACCUGGCCUUGGGUUGACACAAAUAUGUAUUCGCUGUGAGUUAUUAAAGUGUUCUGGAUGUAUGUCAAUAAUUUCUAUUCUGAAAGUAUCCGCUAGCGCUGUUUUUGAAGAAACCAUUAACGUAGUCUCUUAAAUUAAUGUUUUUUUAAAAUAAUUAUAUGCAUCAUUUUUCUGGUGCAUGCUUGGUUUGUGCACCAUGAGUGCCACUAUGUCAGUAAGUAUUGCAGGUCUUCAUGUCCAGUGUCAUGUAAAUAAGACCUGCAUGUCCAUGAUCACUGUACUGUGUAAAUUAACCAAGCAAGUCUACGAGUGGGGCCUCCCACACUAUUACCUGCAGAAGGUCCAGUCACCUGCUUAUUUCUCAGAUAGUACAGUGUCUGUGGAUGUCAAGUGGAUGAUCGAACUUGAGGAUGAAGCGUGACAUUAAAAAGCUGAAGAAGGAAUGCUGCCAUUGAGAGAAACUGUUGUGGACAUCCCGUGUAAACAGCUAAUGCACACAAAUAAAGACUUUUUAGAAAAGUAA